AUGACAGACAAAGUCGACCAGCAAACACCCCUUUUACAAGGACAACAACAGCACAAACCACCCGUUAGUCGACCCAAAUACAAGAGACGACGUUCUUCGUUCGACCCAUCCACCUACCACAGCACUGGCCAAUCUUUACCUUAUGUCAAGUCCACUCAUUUGGAAACGGCUGACCCAGGUCUCACUCUAGUGCAAUUGCUGGGUCUUACUAUUUGCAUGGCUGGUGUUCAAUUCACUUGGACUGUGGAAUUAUCGUAUGGCACGCCGUAUUUGUUAUCUCUCGAUAUCUCCAAAGAGUUGACAGCAUUGGUCUGGCUGGCGGGUCCAUUGUCAGGUCUUAUUGUUCAACCCUUGAUUGGUGCCAUGAGUGACAAGUGCACAUCUUCUUAUGGCAAACGCCGUCCUUUCAUUGUCAUUGCUGGUAUACUCACCAUCUUGUCCAUGUUGGGUGUUGCCUAUGCCAAAGAGCUUGGACAUGUAUUGGCAGAUGUCUUUGGCGGUACCACAGCUCAUUCUUAUGCCAUCCUCGUCGCUAUCGCAUCCUUCUAUUUUAUGGACUUUACCCUUAAUGCCGUUCAAGCUAUUUGCCGUGCCCUGAUUCUCGAUAUCCCUCCAUUGUGGCAACAGGAAUUAGCCAAUGCAUGGAGUGCUCGUAUGAGCAAUUCAGCUCAAGUCAUUGGUUACUUUGUUGGCUUUGUCGACUUGGUCAAGUACGCUCCAUGGCUUGGGGACUCUCAAAUGAAGGGAUUUUGCGUGGUUGCCAUUAUUGUCUUUGUCAUAACACUCGGUAUCACAUGCUUGGCAGUGCACGAAAAGCCCCUUGAGAAGGAGGAUGACCAAGACAACCAGCCAUGGUAUCAUACAUUCGUUUACAUCUGGCGUGCAUUCCGAUACCUUCCUCGACCGGUGCAAACAUUGUGUAACACUCAAUUCUUUGCAUGGAUGGGAUGGUUUCCUUUCUUGUUUUACAGCACGCAAUGGGUUAGUGACAUUUACUUUUCAACGCAUCGAUCGGAUGAUGGCACGAGCAAAGAUGACAACUGGGCAGAAGGCACCCGUGCAGGAUCAUUUGCACUUUUGUGUUACUCUGUGGUAUCCGUGAUUGCUGGUAUCGUCGUCCCUGCCGUUGCAUCCAAGUUUGAAAAAGUUUGGUUCCUAUCGCUUGACAACAUCUAUACCGCAUCCCAUUUAUUGGUGGCUGGUUCAUUAUUGUCGGCUUGGUUUGUGCAUUCAGUCGAGGCUGCUACCUUGAUCCUUACUAUUAUGGGCAUUCCUUGGGCCAUUGUAUUGUGGAUUCCUUUCUCCCUCGUUGGUGAAUACGUCAGCUUUGAAGAUGAAAACAGGCAAAAGGCUCUUCAAGAUGGUGUCUCUCCUUCAACAUCCACUUCACCCAGCACUCUUGAAGAUCAACAUCAAGAUGAAUUCGAUGCCGGCAUGAUCUUGGGCGUCCAUAACAUGUACAUCGUCUUUCCACAAUUCGCCGUUGCUAUCAUCGCAUCAUUUAUCUUUGCUGCAGCAGAUAAAACAUCAGGGGAUGAAACAUCGGGUGUGGCAUCGGUAUUAGCAUUUGGCGGUCUGAUGGCACUGGUGGCUGCUGCAUUUAGCCGGUUUAUUAUUCGCGUCAGAUAA